UGCCGGAGCCUCGCGGCGGUGCCGCCGUGUGUCCCUCCCUUCUCCAGCCCGCCUCCCUUCUCCAGCCGCCCGGGAGCCGCGGGCAGCGCUGGGGCGGCGGCACAUGGCGGGCGGCCGCUGAGCGGAGCCGCGUCCCGGUGCGGAGCUCCCGCUCCCCGCAGCGGGGCUGGGGAAGGAGCCGGCGGCCUGGGAAGGGGUCGAGCCCUGGUGCCGGGCAUGGCGGAGACUCUGAGCUCCUGCUCCCCACGGGGCCAGUGCCAGCCCAGCAUGGGCGCCAACGCCUCGUCUGCCAGCGUGGAUGCCAACGCCUCCUCCUCGGUGGUGGGCGGCAGCGCGUGGAGGGGCCGGGAGCCCUUCUCCAUCUUCACCGUCCUCAUCCUCACCCUGCUGGUGCUCCUGACCGUGGCCACCUUCCUCUGGAACCUGCUGGUGCUGGCGACCAUCCUGCGAGUGAAGGCCUUCCACCGGGUGCCCCACAACCUGGUGGCCUCCACGGCGGUGUCGGACGUGCUGGUGGCGGCCCUGGUGAUGCCGCUGAGCCUGGCCAAGGAGCUGUCGGCCGGGCGGCGGUGGCGGCUGGGCCGGGAGCUGUGCCUCGUGUGGGUGUGCUUCGACAUGCUGUGCUGCACGGCCAGCAUCUGGAACGUGGCGGCCAUCGCCCUGGACCGCUACUGGUCCGUCACCCGCCAGCUGCGCUACACGCUGCUCGCCCGCCGCCGCGCCUCCAACGCGAUGAUCGCUCUCACCUGGCUGCUGGCCGCGGCCAUCUCCCUCGGCCCGCUGCUGGGCUGGGGGGAGGCCUACAGCCCCGAGCAGCAGCGCUGCCAGCUCCGCCAGGAGCCGUCCUACACCAUCGUCUCCACGGGCGGGGCGUUCUACCUGCCCCUCUGCGUGGUGCUCUUCGUCUACUGGAAGAUCUACAAGGCGUCCAGGUGGCACAUGGGGGCCCGCAGGAGGAACGCCGUGCUGCCCCUGCCCCAGGCUGCCCAGGUGAAGGAAGCUUCACAGGAACCACAGAUGGUGUUUACAGCUCGUCGUGCAGCUAUCACUUUCCAGACAGAUGGAGAAACAUGGAGAGAACAGAAAGAGAAAAAGGCAGCUCUGAUGGUUGGCAUCUUAAUUGGAGUUUUUGUACUGUGCUGGAUCCCUUUCUUCAUCACAGAAUUAAUAAGUCCCCUCUGUUCCUGCAACAUCCCGUCCAUCUGGAAAAGCAUCUUUCUUUGGCUUGGCUACUCAAAUUCUUUCUUUAAUCCUCUCAUUUAUACAGCAUUUAACAAAAAUUACAACAAUGCCUUCAAGAACCUUUUUGUAAAACAAAGAUAAAAGGGGACACAGAGGAGAAAAUUAUUAUUGCGUAAUAGGAAACAUGCCUGUGCUAUGUACAGUUUUCAUGCACAAGAGCUACUUGAGGGGAUUUAGGAGCAGUGAAAAAGAAGAUGGAAGAUGUCUGGAUAUAAACCUACUGGAGAGUUUACAGUUCUCCUUUAGAAACACAGACGUGCUACGCCGGUGUUUGGCAAAGAAGGUGGAAGCAGGGAAUGGCUCCCGGCUGCUGCUCGGGCACCGCGGGCUGAGGGCUGCCGGCGGUGUCACAGCCAGCACGGCUGAGCCCGCCCGGCCAGCCCCGGCCCUGCUGGGCUCUCCUCAUUAGCAAAGGCACCGCUGGGAGCUGCUAAUUGAGCAAUACUGACCUGUAUGUACGGGCAGGAUUUAUUUGGAAGGGAAUAAACAUGCUGCAGUCCAUCAGUCCUUGAGCUGAUGUGAAAUUAAAGUGGAUGACCAAGCAGCUCAGAAACACACCCUGCCAGGACUGAGGGGCUGUGUGCUCUGCAGGCAGCAGGGCUUGAUGGGCAGGCUGUGUCCCCUGGGGUUAAGUGAACCUUAAGAGGCAAGUAUAGAAUUAUUCAGAGCCCCUGAGAAUGUGUUCUCAGUGCUUGCACAGGAGGAUCUAGUGAGGAUCUAGGGUUGUCCUCUCUCCCUUUUUAUGAAACCCAGGUGAGCUCAAGAUAAGACACCAACACCUCCAAGUGAAGGGGGACUGUGUGCAUGGUUAUUUCAUGCUACCAUAAAACCGAGCAGGCAUCUGUGUUACAAACACUAAACAGGAUGUUCAGUCACACCAGGUGUGCUGGCUGCAGCGUGUGGCUGCUUGGCAGUGGUUGGUGAGUGCCUGCACCGGGUCUGGGGCCCUUGCACCAUAAAUGUGCUCAUCACCCAGCCUGGGUGAAGUCCACAAUUUGUCAGCUGUCAUCACCUUCCUUCUGUUGUAACAAAGGUGUUGAUGCCAUCAGGCCUAAGUACUCCCCAAAACCCAAAGAAUUCAAACCAAGCCUUAAAUAAUUUUCCCAAGAUCUUACGAACAUCCCUGACCCAACAAUAUAUACAUAAAUAAUCUAUUUCCUUUCCUUGCAUACUGCCAAGUCCAUCUUGUUCCAUAUUUGUUUCUCUGGUGGGUUUUACUUCCUCCUCUGCUCUGAGUGGGAGAGCUGACAGCUGAGUAUUUCUGGCAUGGCAGCUUUUUACUGACACAGUCCCAGGAAGCUAAAAGGAGCUGCAUCUCAGGAGCACAGUGUAUGGUGAGGUCAGGCAGUGCUGUACCUCACACCUGCACUGCUGUGACAGUCCAGUGUGACUUGCUGUGCCCACAGCUACCUGUGUGUCUUGCAUUCCUGCAGAGGAUGCUUCCCUCAAUUUCAGUGGGAAUUCAGAAGUUUUAAUAACCUAGAAUUUCAAAGAGUUGUUAGACAGUGACUCAGACUUAAAUGCUGAUUUAAAUAACUUUCCCUUGUGACUCUCAACUUGCCUGCAUAUAGAAUAGCUACCACUCAAACCAGGCUUUGGAGGCUUAAUUAAACCAGAAGGAAGGCAUGUAUGUAGGAGACUGAAUGUACCUAAAAUCUGCAGCCUCAUUCAGAACCACUGACAAAUUUUUCAAGUCAAUUGAUUUUUUUCAUGUAAGAGAGUCACCUUUAAAAUCCAAACAGAUGACAUGGAAGAAGGAAAUGUAGAGGUCAUCUUGAGCUGGUGUUCAAAAGCAUACAAAUCUUCUGCAUGUGGCACCGUGAAGUUUCUAAUAAUUGUAUUUUGGACAAAUUUUAGUGCCUGUACUCCCUCAGCCUGCUAAGCCAAGCCAUUACUCUCACACAAAUCCAAGGCCAACGCUGGUGCCCUGGCCCAUCCCAGACUGGCUGCAGGAGCUGCAGUGAUCUCCAGCUGCACAUUCCAACUGACUGGAGCAGCACCCAGCUGUGCAGGCACCUUCUGCCAUGGCUUGGCCUCUGGAACCUGGGAGAGCACCACAGAGCUGCAAGGCCCCUGUGCAGUUCCUGCAGCUGCACACGUGCAGGGCAGCGCUGCAGACACUGAUAUGCAGCAGAGUGCCUUCUGCAAGUGGGAGAGCAGCAGCAGGGCACUGACACAGCUCUCCUCCUCCUCAAGGAUGAAUUUAGCUCCCUUAGGAGGUGAAGCUGGCCUCUGGAAUUUUGCUGUGAGGAGUUCUGAAGAGAAGCAGCCAGAGCUCUGCCCACCCAAGGAUCUGUGCCAGCAGCGAGCGUUAACAGUGACGGGCUCGCACAGCGACCUCCGUGUGUGCCCAGAGACAACGAGAGGCAAGCAGAGCUUUCAUUUCAUUGCAGUGGCUUUAGAAACCUCUCAACAAAAUCAGCUUCCCACACUAGCUCUAAGUGCAGACUAGAUUGAGAAGAGUGGCAGCACACAUUCCAGUUUUUACCAGCAUACUGCAAAGAAAAUAUGUUAUCAGUGGUUGUUGCCUAACCUGCUGGAUACUCCUAUAUUAACUAAGAUUACUGACACAGUAUCUUGACUAUCCAAACAGGAAAAAAAAUAUAUUCUAAAGGGACAUCAUUUGGCACAGCUUAGAUGUUAUGUAUUUAUUUCCCCAACAAAAGCUGCCAAUUUGGAGUACACCAAUCAUCUCUGCUUGUAAGCAGUUUUAAUCUUUAUUUCCUGACACUGAAUUUGCUCCUAAAAAAGUUUACUGAAGUCUAUUGCUCAGCAGAAGGGCAUUGUUGCAUCCUGCAGCAGCUGUGCUGUGGGAGCCCAGAAUGUGCAGAAGUGAAAGGGCUUUGGAAGAUAACUGUGAGCAGACAAUGCUAAUAACCCUAAUAAAAAAUUAGGUUUUGCUGCAAGUCCUGUAAAUGUUACUUGGUAAGCCUUAUAAGGUAACAUCAAAUGAGUUCAGGGCAAGACCUUUCUCUUUCAACAAGGAAAUCCAACAAAAAUUCUGAGAAAGUCUCAGACUUGCAACCACCCAAGAUGCAGAAUUAAGAUAGAUUUUCCUUGCUGUUGGUUUCUCCCCAGGUAUGAGGCGAAAUGGCACCCAACACACAGAGCCUGUGCCAGAGAGCAAGAACAGCUGAUGGAACUGUUUUCACACCCUCACCAGACUCCUUCUCCUUUUCACAUGGGCCUCAAACCAAAGGUAGUGGCCAUCUGCCCUGGGCUCCAUCUACAGCAGUCAGUUAUAAUCUGGACCCUGAUUUACCCUUUGUGGGCAACAACUGCAUUCUACAAACCUCAGAUUUAUAUCUUAGUCAAAAUCACAAGCUCCUAGUCAGAGCAAUGGAUCUCACCUUUUUAUAUUCCUUGUGGAAGUUUCCAGGUUACUGUGCUUGUAGCAGAUAAGCCUAAAUUUUAACAUUAUGCUGAACAAAUAAUGACAUCAUUAUUCUUAUAUGCAAGUCCAUUAUUUAUCCUACCUAGGAAAUUUUGCUUGAUGCUAGAAAGCAAUUGUGAUUAAAAUGAUAAAUCCCAAACUGAAAUGCCCAUUCAGGUUAUUCUUUUAGAGUUGCAUGGUACACAAACACAGCACAGCUUGAAUUCCCAAGCAGGUCUCUUUGGUGCCAAAGCUGAGUUAUUCAAUUUACAAACAAACUAGAAAGUGCCUCACAGUUUUUAUAGAGGGCAAAGUUUGUAGACAGAAAUAAUGCCUCCUAACAGCAAAGAUGACUACAGAAAGUCUGCAAGCAGCACUCGGUCCAGGUUUCCUUCUUUGAAGGAAUGUUGAAUCUAAGUUUUUCCUUCUUUGAGGGGACUUGGAAUCUGAUUUUGCCUUCAUUAUUUUGCUAGCCCUGGGCAGACUGACUUUUUGAACAGAAGCAAGAGGAGCAUCCCAGAUCUAUUCCCUCACUAAUCCGUGUGGGGGAGCAAGGUUCCAGCUGGCUAAGUGGGAAGGUUUUCUUUCUGUUUGUGCUGAAGGAAUAGGACAUCACAAACACAGUGACUCAUUUGACUAUGGACACAAUUCACCUUUUAAUGCACUUGUAACACAGGAGCCUGGGAAAGCUUCUGAGACAAGUUCCACCUUAAAAAACACAAUAUCAGAAUGUCACUGGAUUCCAAACAUUCUUUAUUUUAUAUCUGCUGCCACAGACAGUAAUCGAACAGCGCUGUCAUCAGUGUCAGUGUGAAAAAGGAACACGGGUCCUCUUCUCCUGAAGAAGUCAUGUACAUUAGAAGUCAGUCCAAAAUCCUGGUGUUAAGUACAAAAAGCAACUGUUUGAAUUAUAAAAUACUGUAUAUACAGAUAUAAAAAUGUCUCAGAAAGUGUCCCACAAAGUUUCUGAACUUUCCAGAGCAAAUCUUCAGCAGGGUAAGUAGGUUGUUGUCUUCAAAGGUGAGCAUCAGUUCAUUAGAGCAGAAUGUCUCAAUCUUUAUCUUCCUAUAUUACAGGUCACAGACUCUGAUUUUCAUCCCAGCCAGGGAUAACGUGGUGAUCCUAGUAUUGUUUUUUUCCUGCAGCUAUUAAUUUAACAAGCACACUUCUCUAUAUAUAAAAAUGAAAUUUCAAAGAAAUUUAUACAACAGCUAGACUUUAUAAAAAUAGAGAUCUAUAAUUUUACACCAGGAAUUAUCCAAGGUAAGUUUUCAUUUUCUUAGCCAUUAGAAAUUAACUGUUAUCCUUUGUAAUCCUAUAUAUGGUUAGAGUAUAAACUAAAAUAAUGUGACGUUAUUAGCUGGAAAAGCGAGUUUGAAGAAUCUUGUGCUGUGUGUUAUUUUUGCGCCAAAAUUAACAAACUACUGCAUUCUGCAGUGCUCAUCCUGUGGGGUGGUGGACAUACUACACAGUACAUGUAAAUUCAUUCCAGAAUUUUCACCUAAUUCAAUGUUAAAACCCAAAUAAAAAACAUUCCCACUGUCCUUAUGGUAGGGAAAAAAAAACCAAAAAAAAAACCAACAAAAAAACAACCAAACCCAAAUAAAUAAAAUUAGACAGUAUUUCUAUUUUGCUGUACUGUGUUAGUUCUUUACUGUGUAGUGGAGACAAUGAAUAAUUCAGCCAUGUGAUGAGGGAAUGUAAACUGAACACAUACUGGAAAAAAACAGACUUUUACAGCUGUGUGUAUAUAUAUUUUUUAUAUAUAUCUAUAUAUAUACAUCUAUAUUGCAGUUAUAACGGUCACCUCACAAGAGAGAUUCAAUGGACUGAACAAUCUUCUAUAAAUUUCCCCAGCUGGAGUUCUUCAGGAAGAACUGGCUUUCAGCUUGGACAGCAGCAUUUCAUUCUUACGGCAUUCCUGUUAACAGAGAGCAAACAAGUAAGCAGGAAUUCCUCUUCACUCUGCAACCUGUAUCUCCACAUCUACAGAACCAAACCCUUUCUUUCAUUUUGAAACAUCUCCAAAAUCCAAAGCAGCCUGGAGUGAGUGAUGAGUUGAAGAUAAUUCUGCUUCAUCCAUAAUGUUAUUCCAACAGCAAUAUUCUCUAAACUAUGACAUGCAAUCCAGGAGGAACACUGCUUGAUUACCCAUCUGAAGUUUUUACAUGUAGCUAAAGCAAAUUCAGCUUUUUACUUAUAAGUAGAAUAAAUCUGAAAUGGAGAUAACUUGUAGGUGAUCUGGAACUUCUCAGGACAGUUUGUAAAAGAGUCAGAGCUCAGGGAACAACUCUUGGUCAGGAAACAUAGGUACAGACCUGUGUUCAGUACCACAACCAUGACUUUUUUGCUUUUAAGGGUAGCAGAGUUGAGCAGAAAUUCCCUCACAUGGCAAUGGAAGAAAAAUAGGUAAAAAAACCUAACAAUAAAUCUACCUAAAUUCUGCAAGUAGGAUGUAAAAUUCUGCAUGUUGGACAAGUAGCUGAACAGCCCCUGUCAUUCUGCCAGAGUACGCUGUCUGAAACAGGAAGGAGCUGUCUCAGAACAAAGCAGGAAUAAUUACACAAAGAUGUUUUUCCUCGAACAUAUGAAACCAAAUUACAAUUUUGCCUGCAGCGUUCUUUCUCAUUCAUUCAUUCUCAUGGAGACAGCAAGUAACAGAAGCCCAUGAUGAUUAAAAGCUUGGGAAAGGCUAAAUCAAUGAAGUGUUAUACAGUGCUUUCACAGUCAUUAGGCAACAAGGCUGGUUCCUGAAGAUUAAUGACCAAGACCCUGCAUUCCCUCCUUACUCACACACAUUUCCACACCCGUCUUUGCUGCAAUAACUAACUGCUCACGGACUUUUGAGAGAUUCCACUUAAAAACCUAAAUACACCACUUGCUUGAUAAACUCUCCUUGUAACAUGGAGAGGUUCCAAUCUAGCAGUGAAAGAACUCCCAGAAUCAAAUUCAGAGUCCAAGAUUCACAUGGAGAAAACAACCAAGGCACAUCAUGAACAUGGUGUGAUAAGCAUAUCAGGAAAUCGUGUGCAUAUAUUAAUGCACAAGUCACAUCAAAAUGGGUCACUGAACACGACAGUUUAACAUAGCAAAAGUGUUCUUACCUCUUUAAAUUCUUUCACUGUUUUGAAGUAAAGCCUCUGUUUCUCUAGAAGCUCUAAGUAUUCAUCAUUCAACUGGUCUCUUCUCAUUUUGUUUUCUUGCUUCUUCUUUUCCAUCUGUUGGUAUGCAGGAAGGGUAAGAGAUCAUAUGUAUGGGAUACACAUGGACUUAUUGCAUAAGGAACAGCUCUCUAUAACACACAAGGGGAGACAGAUACUUCAUAAAUGAUACCCCUGGCUCGUGCUUGAAAUGCAAUGAACAUUUAGAUCAGCUCUUAAAAAUUAAAAGCCUAAUGCUGAAGUCUCAGUACCAGUGGCACUACAGGUGCAACUGAGACAAGGGCACAUGAUGGUUGGGACUCUGAGGUGCUGCUGACCCUCUUCAGCAGCAGAAAGCAGCUUCAGUCAGCUCCCACAGUGUGAGUAACUGUGCCUGAGCACCCACACAGUCCAAAUGGAAGAGUUCUCACUGAUUUCUGUGGCAUUUGGCUGUCUCAGGCAUUUAAAUCACUACACUGCCAGUAAUGAAGUAGAGGGGUAUAAGAUUCUGUCAGGACAGAGGCGUUACAACAUCUCUGUCAUACUCUAUUCAUUGAUAUUUAGUGGUGAGAAGUUUCUGACGAAUGUGAAAAGAAAUAAUACUUUUGAGUUGCUUGCCUAAUUUGCACCUCAUGUAAUGGAUAAUAAUUGUGCAUAGAAAGAUCCAAGAGGCUUUGCUGAGAUAAUUCCCAGGUUCUAGCAAAGGAAGUGAGAGGAGUCAGACCUUCAUUCGAUUCUGUUUGAUGCCUUCUACAAUCUGCUCCAUCUGCCGCAAAAACUGCUCCCGAGAUCCGGACGAUGCCAUGGCUCUGGAAAGAAGAAAAUGGAACCCCUGACAGGGAUGUGGCACACUGUGUCUCAGCUGCUGCUGUCUUGCACAUCUACCCAUGUCCAAAGUUCUCAUUGCUUAGUGUUCUGUAUAAAAAAUCAUCCUUCUGAGAGCGCAGCUCUUCAGCUGGUGUGAGCUACCUAAGAGAGAGCUCGGAGCCCAUCACAGGUGUGCUCCUAUCAGCUCAAGUCUGUUCCUUGCCCUCAUGUGCUGUACAGAAAUCAACUGCUAAAAACUAAAUAAAACCGUAAUUUUUUAA